GGGCUUUCAGGUCCACCAUAAAACAGUUUGGUUUAAAAUUUCGAACCGAUCGGAGGUUAGCUACGGCUUCUGGUCGGGGAAGGGCGUGCUUGUGGGGUUGAACUCGUUUCGAUGCUUAAUAGUAGGCCUGGCAGUUGAUGGGAAACGCACGUGUGCUACUUGGAUAGAGUAGUCGGGAAGAAAUAUUGCAAUUUUCGUUUGAAUAAGUGCGCAACGUAAAAAGACAGGAAAAGGGCACAAGUGUGAUAAAUUGUCGAGGUGUAGUGUGAAAAUUUGGGAUUAAUUAGCUUGGACACGGCUCAUUAAGAGGGUGAAACGCGUGGGUUGUGGCAGUUUUCCACGUGAAUGAUCAGCAGGUGGUAGUUCGUGCAGCGGUGACCUGUAAGGUACCAAGCGUGGUUGGACGGCGGCGAAUUAGCACAGUGUUGUGACCGGAACGCAUUUAACGGUUUUUUCCAUCAAUUGCUGAUUGAAGGGCAUUUCAGCUUGAGCCUCCCCAUAAAUGCCUUAGAGCAUCGCGUCGUCGGCCCCAGUAUAUCUUAAUAGCUCCCCCAGUUGGCAAAUAAUAAUCGCACCCUCAAAACAGCCCCCCGCGGAUGCGAUCUCGCUCAGUCGCAUGUGAACCGGCGCGAAGAAAGGAUCUCUCAUACGAACGAAGAACGAAGACGAACAACGCGCGCCACGAUGCCAGACAGCAGAAGCGGAGGAAACGAUGACCCUUCGCAGCAGUAUAAUGGGUCCGACCUGGUGGGGGUGGACACUGAUCAAGGGGUCACCAAUCAUGGAUUCUACCGGGAUCUGGUCGACGAGGGCAUCAAAUCGGAAAAGGCCAUAACUACGGCGUUGCCUCCGGUGGCCGUUGCAAGACCCCUGUACCAGCAGGAAGAACUCAACCACGAGAUGCGUUACAGUGAACCCAAGCGGAAAGUGGUCCGAGAAGCGCUGGACAGUGUCAAGGGGUGGAGUGCGCAGAGGUGUGCCCGAAGUGUGUUCCCCAUUGUGGGCUGGUUGUCGGAGUAUUCCUUGAAGAGGGACUUUGCGUCAGAUUUGAUCAGUGGAUGUACGGUGGCCGUGAUGCACAUUCCCCAGGGCAUGGGGUACGCGUUGUUGGCCAAUGUGCCCCCGAUAGUGGGAAUCUAUAUGGCGUUCUUUCCGGUGUUGGUGUAUUUUGUGUUGGGCACCUCGAGGCACAACUCGAUGGGCACGUUCGCGGUGGUGUCGAUUAUGGUGGGGAAAUUGGUGGUCAAGUAUUCCAAUGAGGGAAGUGGGUCGAAGGUGUUGAACGAUACGAUAGUUGGGAUCGGAAGUGAAAAUGGCGGGGGUGGUACUGUGGGACCGAUAGAAGUAGCGUCGGCAGUAUGCUUCAUCGUCGGGAUAAUGCAGCUGAUAAUGUACGUUGGCCGGCUGGGAGUGAUUUCGUUCCUGCUAUCGGAUACGUUGGUAUCCGGUUUCACGACCGGUGCUGCCAUCCACGUGCUCACCUCGCAAAUCAAGGAUCUCCUUGGGCUGACCCUGCCUCCCCAGAGUGGGAAUUUCGAAGUCAUAAAUACGUACAUCGCAAUUUUUACGGACAUUGCAAGAGCCAACUGGGCGGCCAUCGUGAUAUCUGCCGUUACGAUUGUGGUGGUUGUGGCGAACAACGAAUACCUGAAGCCUAUUGUCGCCAAGCGAAGCAGUAUCCCUGUUCCGAUCGAGCUGAUUGCGGUUAUAAGCGGUACCCUGAUAUCGAGAUUUGUAGAUCUGAAUGGAGAGUACAGGAUCAAAACCAUCGGGCACAUUCCGACCGGGUUUCCAGAUCCCGCCCUCCCGGACACCAACCUGAUGCGAUCGCUUCUGUUGGAAUGUUUCCCAAUCGCCAUGGUCGCCUACGCCGUGUCCGUAUCGAUGGCCCUCAUUUUCGCCCAGAAGCAUAACUACGAAAUCGACUUCAACCAGGAACUGCUGGCGAUGGGCACCAGCAACGUGUUCGGAUCGUUCUUCUCCUGUCUACCGUUUUCGGCUUCUCUGUCCCGCUCGAUGAUCCAGUUCACGACUGGUGGUAAAACGCAAAUCGCUUCGGUAAUCUCCUGCGGGAUCCUGGCCAUUGUUUUGCUGUGGGUUGGACCGUUUUUCGAGCCUCUGCCGCGAUGUGUCCUGGCGGGCGUUAUCGUAGUUUCCUUGAAGGGACUGCUCAUGCAGGUCACACAGUUCCGACAGUUCUUGAAGCUCAGUCCCGUGGAUGCUAUCGUUUGGAUGGCGACCUUCCUCACGGUGGUUCUGGUAGCGAUCGACAUCGGGCUGCUGGUCGGCAUGGUGCUGAGCAUUUGCACGAUCUUCUUCCGCGGUAUGAAGCCGUACACCUGCCUCAUGGAGAACGUUCCCAAUACGGAUUUGUAUCUGGACGUCAAUCGUUAUAAAGGCACGAUCGACAUUGCUGGCAUCAAAAUCUUCCACUUCUGUGGUAGCUUAAACUUUGCAACUCGGGCCGGUUUCAAGACGAGUCUAUGCGAAUCACUGAAUCUGAAUCUCACCCAGGAGAUUAAAAACUCCAAACGAAAGGAUUACAAGAAGAAGUACAGCCUGCGAUUUCUGGUCUUGGACUUUACGGCACUGAGCAACAUCGAUCCUUCUGCGAUCGCAGCACUCAAAGGGUUGAUCACCGAGUUUGAGAAACUCUCGGUCAAGAUAUUGGUAGCGGGGUCGUCUUGUCCCGUGUACGAAAUGAUGACACGAUGCAAGCUGGUGUUCCCGACGAUUCACGAUGCCGUAUUGUGGGCGCAGGAUGCCACGGUGAACGAUUCCGGCCAGGUUAGCAUUAUGGAGUCGGAGAGUGCGUGA